AUGAAAAUCAUGAAGGACUUCAACAUCACCACGCCUAAAUUCGCAGUUGCAGCCACCGCGAAGGAAGCCGAAGAGGAGGCGAAGGCCUUCCAGGCCCACGAAGUGGCGAACGCCGGCGGAGAGCCAGUCGACUUCGUCGUCAAGGCUCAAGUUCUGGCCGGCGGGCGCGGCCUCGGAUUCUUCAGAGAGAACGGCUACCAAGGAGGCGUUCAGGUCUGCGAGAGCCCUCGCGAAGUCGGCAUUGUAGCAGACAAGAUGCUGGGAAAGACGCUCGUGACGAAGCAGACCGGAAAGGAAGGCAAGAAGUGCAACAAGGUCCUCGUCACAGAGAGGUUCUUCAUCCGCAAGGAGAAAUACGUGGCCAUCCUCAUGGAUCGCAGCGCCGGAGGCCCGAUCCUCAUUGGCAGCGCCCGAGGUGGCACCAGCAUUGAGGACAUCGCGCACAAGUACCCGGAGUCUAUCCACAAGAUGCCUAUCGACAUCAACAAAGGACUUUCGGAGGAGCGCCUGCGAGAGUUCGCAGGGUUGCUCGGAUUCUCUGGCGACCGCUUGGACGCGGCGUGCCAGUGCAUCCGCGGCCUGUACGAGCUGUUUGUGAACAAGGACUGCACUCAAAUCGAAGUCAACCCGCUUGUCGAGACCCACGACGGCCGCGUGCUGGUGUGCGACGCCAAACUGAACUUUGACGAUAAUGCAGCCUUCCGCCAGAAGGACGUUUUCGCCCAGCGUGACUAUUCCCAGGAAGACCCCCGCGAGGUGGCGGCCGACGCGGCAGACUUGAACUACAUUGGUCUCGAUGGCAGCAUUGGCUGCAUGGUCAACGGCGCCGGCCUGGCGAUGGCGACCAUGGACAUCAUCCACCUCCACGGAGGCUCCCCUGCGAACUUCCUCGACGUCGGCGGUGGCGCGGACCAGCACCAGAUCAUCGAAGCGUUGAAGAUCAUCCAGCAGGACAAGCGUGCGAACUGCGUCCUCGUCAACAUCUUUGGCGGUAUUAUGCGAUGCGAUGUCAUUGCAAAGGGUCUCGUGGCCGCUGCCAAAGAAGUCGGAUUCGACAAGCCAGUCGUGCUUCGCCUCGAGGGUACGAACAAGGAAGCGGCGAAGGAAGUCUUGAAGGCAAUCCGUACGGACCCCGCCUACGCAUCGCUGCAGCUCCUCCAGGAGGACGACUUCGAUAAGGCUGCACGGCUUGCGGUGAAGGUGGCGAGCGUCGUCGAUGCGGCAGCCAAGGCAGACCUGAAGGUUCACAUUUCCGCCCCGUGA